AAGCCAUUCAAGUUCAGACCCAAAUGGCCGCGGCUCAUAGAUAGCCAUGGCAUUGGGGUGGAGAAGUUGUCAGCAGCUCGCCAGGCCACGCGUCUGGGCGAGCGGGAGCCUCCGGCACUUCGCCGGCUCUCUCUGGAACGAAUAUGAAGAUCGUGCAGGGCCAUCCUACUUGGAUAUGCAGGCAACUACGCCUGUCGAUCCCCGCGUGUUAGAUGCUAUGCUCCCGUACUACCACGGCCGCUUUGGGAAUCCUCACAGCCGAAGUCACUCCUAUGGUUGGGAUGCCGAAGAAGCAAUCGAAAAGGCCCGAGAACAAAUUGCAAGGCUCAUCAAUGCUGAUGCCAAGGAGAUUUUCUUCACCUCAGGAGCAACAGAGUCGAACAACAUGGCAAUCAAAGGAGUUGCGGAGUUUUACGAAGGGUCUGGAAAGAAGCACAUUGUCACGACUCAGACUGAGCACAAGUGUGUCCUGGCCAGUUGCCGCCGCCUCGAAGUCGACAAGGGUUGGAGUGUGACCUAUCUUCCUGUCGACAAGUAUGGGCUCGUGAACCUGCAGGAGCUGGAAGAUGCCAUUCGAGACGACACUGCCUUGGUCUCAGUGAUGCACAUCAACAAUGAGAUUGGCACCAUGCAGCCAGUGGAAGAGAUUGGACGUAUUUGUGCCAAGAAGCAGGUGUUUUUUCACACAGAUGCGGCUCAGAGUGUUGGCAAGGUGCCAGUGGAUGUCAAGCACGUUGGUGCAGCUUUGAUGUCUAUCUCAGCUCACAAGAUGUACGGCCCAAAAGGGGUUGGCGCUUUGUAUGUUCGACGAAAGCCAAGAGUUCGCCUGCGCCCGGUCAUUGACGGUGGGGGUCAGGAGCGUGGCAUGCGCAGCGGCACAUUGGCCACUCCUCCCAUCGUCGGUUUUGGAGCAGCAGCCGAGGUUUGCAUGCAAGAGAUGGACAAUGACACCAGGCAUGUACAGAAGCUGUAUAAGCGCAUGCAUGACAAAAUCACUGAAGAGUUGCCGCAGAUCACUUUGAAUGGAUCACCUUCGCAGAGGUGGCCUGGCAAUGUGAACUUGUCGUUCGCCUGCGUGGAGGGUGAAAGCCUCCUCAUGUCACUUGCCAAGACUACUGCAGUGUCCAGUGGCUCUGCUUGCACCAGCGCAUCACUUGAGCCGUCCUACGUCCUGCGAGCCAUUGGAGUGUCCGAGGACCUCGCGCACACGUCGCUGCGCUUUGGCAUUGGCCGCUUUACCACUGAGGCGGAAGUGGACAACACCGUGAAUGAUGUCGUGAGGGAGGUGAGAAGACUCCGAGAGAUGAGCCCCCUUUGGGAACUCGAGCUUGAGGCUCUGAAGACUGGAGGACAGAAGCAGGCCGUGACAUGGUCUUGAGCUCUCAUGACAACAGGGCAAUCUGACAUUCUAGAUCUUCUUGGUAAAGACAAAAGAACUAGGUGUGUUUUGGAAGGACAAACUGGUGUUGUUGGGUGCUUUCUGUUCAGCAGAUCUUGCUCAGCAAAACAGCCUUGACUUGGAUCCCAGCCUUUCUGUACAGGGCUUGAGAGUUGCUUCAGUGACCACAGA